AUGGCAGCAAGUAGCCUCGUCUCUGAAGAUGAGCGAUAUCAAAUGUCAACCCAGUACAAGCUAUGGUCAUUUACAUCAGAGGCUCUUCUCGAAUUGCGUUCAAACACAAACAGGGUCGCAGCUGAGCGCGUUCGUGAGGCAGUUACGAGGUCUCGUACCAAUCAGAACUUGACCACUGAAGGAGCUAUUGUUCAGAAAAAUUCUGUAAGCAAUAAUUCUGUUCUGGAAGAAGAAAUUGAUUGCUUGACUGUUGAGGAAGAACUUAAAUUAGUUGUUUUUUACUGCCGACAGACAAUUCAGUUGGGUGACCAUUUAGGCUUACCUUCUGAUGUAAAGGCCACUGCAAUACAAUAUAUAAAACGAUUCUACAUUACCAACUCUCUAAUGACCUACCACCCGGCCGAUAUUCUCAAGACAGCUCUUUUCUUCGCCACAAAAACCGAAAACUUUUACUUUCGACUUACAAAGUUUGCCGACGCCAUUGGAAAAACGACACCAGAAGAUGUUUUAGCAUCAGAAUUUCUGCUAACCCAGGGAUUACGAUUUACUUUUGAUGUACGCCAUCCCUACCGAGCACUAGAGGGGGCAAUUAUGGAGCUACAGGCUAUCUCGAAAAUGGGAACGCCUGCACUUCCUGGUGACUCUAGUAUGACUAGCAAGAAGCCUAUAAACAUGGAAAGACGUAUCAAAGACGCGCACAAAAAAGCUAGAGACUACCUGAAGUCAAGCACCUUGCUAACAGAUGUAUAUUUUCAUUUUACGCCUAGCCAAAUAAUGGUGUCAACUUUAAUGAUUUCCGAUGAAGAGUUAACGAAAUGGUACAUUAAGCUUAAAUUUCCUGGUCAAGAGAUGCAAAAUCUACUGUCUAAAGUACUUAAUACGAUCGAAAAGUGUGCUGGCAUGUUGAAGGCAAUAGAUCCACAUUCUGAACCAUCAACGCUUGAACGAAAAGAGCUACAAGGCCUGGCCAAAAAGCUAAAAAAGUGUAGGAAUCCUGAAAAAAUGGAUCUCGUCGGCUUACAGAGAGCUAAAAGAGAGGGAGAUUAUGGAUAUGGCGCCAAGGCUAUGAAAAAAAGAAAAUUGGCAGAAGAAACACAACAAGCAAAUACAAAUGAUAUUUUCGGGCCAGCAAUCAAAAUUCCAUAG